AUGUACUGCGUUUGUUGGUACGCGAACAAAGUUGGUGUGUUGCGUUUGCUAAUGCAUUCCAGUGACCACAUCCUUGAAAUCGAGAAUAACCGUCGGGCUGAAGACCUCAGAGUCAAAGUUAAUUUGUUAAAGUCGUAUGCUAAGGAAAUAAGAGAUGAAACAAAAGAACAAAACCGGUUUCUUGACACCGUUCAGUACGCGGCGGAUUCGGCGGGCAGCAUGCUAGGGAGGACAGUGGGUCGAAUAAUAGGCAUUCCCGAUGGUAGACAGAACAACCGCAAGCUCCUCUGUCUGACCAUCCUCACGUUUUUCGUUGUAUUUGUAAUCUACACCACUGUGCGGCAUCUGCCAGUUUGA